AUGAUGAGCUUCGGCGGCGCCGAUGCGCUGCUGGGCGCCCCGUUCGCUCCUCUGCACGGAGGCGGCAGCCUGCACUAUGCGUUGGGCCGCAAGGCGGGCACAGGCGGUCCGCGCUCCGCGGCCGGCUCCUCCAGCGGCUUCCACUCGUGGGCGCGGACGUCCGUGAGCUCCGUGUCCGCCUCGCCCAGCCGCUUCCGCGGAGCCGGCGCCGCCUCGAGCACCGACUCCCUAGACACACUAAGCAACGGGCCGGAGGGCUGCGUGGUGGCGGCGGCGGCGGCGCGCAGCGAAAAGGAGCAGCUGCAGGCUCUGAACGACCGCUUCGCGGGCUACAUCGACAAGGUGAGGCAGCUCGAGGCGCACAACCGCAGCCUGGAGGGCGAGGCGGCGGCGCUGCGGCAGCAGCAAGCCGGCCGUGCCGCCAUGGGCGAGCUGUACGAGCGCGAGGUGCGCGAGAUGCGCGGCGCCGUGCUGCGCCUGGGGGCGGCGCGCGGGCAGCUGCGGCUGGAGCAGGAGCACCUGCUGGAGGACAUCGCGCACGUGCGCCAGCGGCUGGACGAAGAGGCCCGGCAGCGGGAGGAGGCGGAGGCGGCGGCGCGCGCCCUAGCGCGCUUCGCGCAGGAGGCGGAGGCGGCGCGCGUGGAGCUGCAGAAGAAGGCGCAGGCGCUGCAGGAGGAGUGCGGCUACCUGCGGCGCCACCACCAGGAGGAGGUGGGCGAGCUGCUCGGGCAGAUCCAGGGCUGCGGUGCCGCGCAAGCGCAGGCGCACGCCGAGGCGCGCGACGCCCUCAAGUGCGACGUGACGUCGGCGCUGCGGGAGAUCCGUGCGCAGCUCGAAGGCCAUGCGGUGCAGAGCACGCUGCAGUCGGAGGAGUGGUUCCGAGUGAGGUUGGACCGACUGUCGGAGGCAGCCAAGGUGAAUACAGAUGCCAUGCGCUUGGCACAGGAGGAGAUAACAGAGUACCGGCGGCAGCUGCAAGCCAGGACCACAGAGUUGGAGGCGCUGAAAAGCACCAAGGAAUCACUGGAAAGGCAGCGCUCUGAGCUAGAGGACCGUCAUCAGGCAGACAUUGCCUCCUACCAGGAUGCUAUUCAGCAGCUGGACAAUGAGCUGAGAAACACCAAGUGGGAGAUGGCAGCGCAGCUCCGAGAGUACCAGGACCUGCUCAAUGUCAAGAUGGCCCUGGAUAUCGAGAUUGCUGCCUACAGAAAGCUUCUGGAAGGUGAAGAGUGUCGGAUUGGCUUUGGUCCAAGUCCCUUCUCUCUUACCGAGGCACUCCCGAAAAUUCCCUCCACAUCCACUCACAUAAAGGUCAAAAGUGAAGAGAUGAUAAAAGUGGUAGAAAAGUCAGAGAAGGAAACAGUGAUUGUGGAGGAGCAGACAGAAGAGAUCCAGGUGACUGAAGAAGUGACAGAAGAAGAGGAAAAAGAGGCCAAAGAGGAGGAAGAAGGUGAAGAAGAGACAGAAGGAGGAGAAGAAGUAACAUCUCCCUCUGCAGAAGAGGCCGCAUCUCCAGAAAAGGAAACCAAGCCUCUUGUGAAGGAAGAGGCCAAGUCACCAGCUGAGGUAAAAUCUCCAGCUGCAGCCAAGUCACCAACUGAGGCCAAGUCACCAGCUGAGGUAAAAUCUCCAGCUGCAGCCAAGUCACCAACUGAGACCAAGUCACCAGCUGAGGUAAAAUCUCCAGCUGCAGCCAAGUCACCAACUGAGGCCAAAUCACCAGCUGAGGCCAAGUCACCAACUGAGACCAAGUCACCAGCUGAGGUAAAAUCUCCAGCUGCAGCCAAGUCACCAACUGAGGCCAAAUCACCAGCUGAGGCCAAGUCACCAACUGAGACCAAGUCACCAGCUGAGGUAAAAUCUCCAGCUGCAGCCAAGUCACCAACUGAGGCCAAGUCACCAACUGAGGCCAAGUCACCAGCUGAGGCCAAGUCACCAACUGAGACCAAGUCACCAGCUGAGGUAAAAUCUCCAGCUGCAGCCAAGUCACCAACUGAGGCCAAGUCACCAGCUGCAGCCAAGUCACCAACUGAGACCAAGUCACCAGCUGAGGUAAAAUCUCCAGCUGAGGCCAAGUCACCAGCUGAGGUAAAAUCUCCAGCUGAGGCCAAGUCACCAGCUGAGGUAAAAUCUCCUGCUGAAGUAAAAUCUCCAGAGAAGGCCAAGACCCCUGUGAAGGAAGGUGCAACAUCCCCAGCUGAGGAGUCCAAGUCUCCUGUAAAAGAAGGAGUGAAGUCCCCAGCUGAAGUAAAAUCUCCAGAGAAGGCCAAGUCCCCAGUCAAGGAAGAAGCAACAUCUCCAGCUCAAGCCAAGUCCCCGGAGAAGGAAGAGGCAAAAUCACCAGCAGUGGUUAAGUCUCCUGAGAAGGCCAAGUCCCCUGUGAAGGAAGAGGUCAAGCCUCCAGCUGAGGUAAAAUCCCCUGAGAAGGCUAAGAGCCCAGUGAAGGAGGAAUUGAAGUCUCCUGAGAAGGCCAAGACUCUUGAUGUGAAAUCUCCAGAAGCCAAGACUCCAGGGAAGGAGGAAGUAAAGUACCCUGCAGACACCAAAUCUCCCCAGCAGGCCAAAAGUCCUGCCAAGGAGGAGGUCAAGUCCCCAGAGAAAGUCAAGUCCCCUGAGAAGGAAGAUGCCAAGGCUCCUGAGAAGGAAGCUCCCAAGAAGGAAGAGGUGAAGUCUCCUGUGAAGGAGGAGGUGAAAGCCAGAGAACCCCCAAAGAAAGUGGAGGAAGAGAAGACCCCUGCUACACCAAAAACAGAGGAGAAGGUGAUCAAGAAAGAUGAACCACCCAAGAAGGAGGCCACAAAGCCCAAGGUGGAGGAGAAGGCCGCUACAGUGGAAGCCAAGAAGGAAGAGUCUGGAGAGAAGAAAAAAGCAGCGACCCCAGAAAAGGAGACUCCUGCCAAGACAGAGGUGAAGGAGGAGAAGACAGAGAUGCCCAAGGCAGAAGCAGAUGACACCAAGGCCAAAGAACCCAGCAAACCUGCAGAGAAGGAAAAGCCACAGAAAGAAGAGAUGCCAGCAGCACCAGGGAAGAAAGACAGCAAGGAAGAGAAGGCCACAGAGUCCAAGAAGCCCGAGGAGAAGCCCAAGACAGAGGCCAAGGCCAAGGAGGAUGACAAGAGCCUUUCCAAAGAGCCUGGCAAACCCAAGACAGAAAAGGCAGAAAAAUCCUCUAGCACAGACCAAAAAGAUAGCCAGCCCCCAGAGAAGGCCGCAGAGGACAAGACUGCCACGGGGGAGAAGUAG